UGUUCAGUUUAUUUUUGCAUUCUGUAAUUAAACUGAAUCUUCUUUGUGUUUGUUUCUGUUCCCCUUCACAUGCAUCCUUCAUGUUGGCAUUGACGUAAAGUUUUUGUUGCUAGGUCACCGAGCCUUGCAACUAGAUAGUAACCAGAUGAUGAAGUUGCUUUCACUUUUAAUGAUCUAAAAAUAUGCCAUGCUUGCUAUUUACUGUAUUAUACUAGUAAAGAAUAUAAUAUUGUAUUCUACAUUUGUAGAAAAUGUUGGAUGAGUGCCAGGACCGAAGAACGUGCCAGCUCCUCGUUAGCAGCCGAUUAUUCGGUUCAGACCCGUGUCCAGGAACCGGCAAAUAUCUUGUUGUACAGUACAAGUGCCGACCAAAUGAAUAUAAGAGUAAAGUGGCGUGUGAAGACGACAAGUUGAGGCUGACCUGUAAGAAGAACACUGUUAUUGCUAUCUAUUCGGCCAUCUUUGGUCGGUCACAUGGAGGCAGCUUGGAAUGUCCAUUGCUAAAUCUAGGCUUCCCUUCUGUAGAGUGCCAGUCAGCUUUGGCCCUUCCAGUGAUGAACAAGCGAUGCCAAGGCAGGAGAAGCUGUAGUGUUUAUGCCAGCACGUAUGAAUUUGGAGACCCAUGUUACCCCGGUGUCCGAAAACAUCUUAAUGUCAUCUAUACUUGUGGUGAGUAG